UGGCAGGUUCUUAUCGGAGCUUUCGCAAGCUUACUCGUCCGGGUCACUAGUGAAGCCCGACCCAGCAGGUUCUAGGCCGAGCUAGGCUAAGACGGGUUAGCAGGGAAACGGGCAAAGAGAAGUGGCUCGGUGGUGCGACCAUUCGGUCCAAAGUGUGUUUGGGGGGAAGCCGAAUACGACCAGGUUUUUGGGGGGCGCACGCUGAGUGGCCGCACCGAGGACGAUCGCCACACGAGUGGAGUCUGCAAGUUUGCUGGGUUUGCGUGUGGAAUGGACGGUCGCAGCGAGAAGGAAAUGAUUGAGAGAUAAAAGGGGAGAGGAGAGAGGAGCGAAAAUGGAAGAUUGAUAGAGGGGAAGUCGAUGGGUGCGGAUAAACGGGGCCUCGUGAUCUUGCCAGAUCACAUACGGGUCUUGUUAGAGACUCACUCACGAUCAUGAUCUCCCAUGCUCCCAUACUACCCUUCCUACUGACUCCCAUUCCAAGUAUGGACUGGACUGUAACGACCGUGGAUUAUACAGAUUGGUCGUAGUGGCCACAGGCGUAACUCUGCCCCUAAAAUCAAGUGCCCCCCCCAAAUGGCCGAGCGAAAGAUAGUUGGACGAUGAUUCACCGCGCCCGCUCGAUCUGCGCCCCCCGUCUCCUCUUCCCAACUUCUGCUGCUCCUCCUCUUCUCCAUUCUUCCCUCGCUUCAUCUCUUCCCUCUUUCCUCUUUCCUCUUUCCUCUUUCCCACCAACCACCCAAACCCUAACCCAACCUCCCUUUCCAACACUCUUCACCCUCCCCCCAUCCACCGCCCGCCUUUCUUCCACCACGACUCUCGACUUGUCGACCGCUCUAAUUAUAUACCGACAUCUCUAUUCUUAACCGUACCCGUGUUUCACCUCGUUAGUGGCCACCACCACCCCAAAAGCACCUCCGCCCGGUCGCCUUCCACUCGUCUCCCAUUCCACACAAGAUCAUCACUCGCUCGAGGUAGCUCGGCCAUUCUUACUCUCGAAUCGCCAACCUUUGAUUCUUUUGGAACCCGUGGAUUACUGGAUUUUCAUCGCUUUUGUGGCCGUGAGCAGCGCCUGCGUACCCACUGCUGGCGUUGUCGUCCGAGUUCGGUCGUUCAGGCCUGUCGCGUCCCUCCCAAAAUGACGAGCGGAAUCCUCCCUCAUCGAGUGCUAUCGCUAUGAGUGAUGUCGAGCCUGUCUCCCUCCCCGCUGCCCUUGCUGUCGGUCCCAACAACACUCUCGCGGCGGUGAAGACGGAUGGCGAUGCGGACACGCGUCCAUCGGGACGGCCCUUGUCUCCCGAUUGCAAGGUCAAGGCUGCAACGCCGGUACUUACCCCUGCCACAGCUGCUGCCGCACCCUCUACUGCCGCACCGGUAGCUGCAUCGAAACCGGCCGUCCCUGUCGUACCCGCUUCCCCCCGAAGAGAGAGCGCUGGAUCGCAUCCGGUGGAUGAGGAGGAUGACGAGCAGGGUCCACCAAGUCCCAAGGCGGACUCGGAGGCCGAAACGAUCAUUCAAUCUGGUCGAGAAUCUCUGUCGCCAGAGAAGAAAAGGAAACACAUCAGACAUGAUCCCAAUCGCCACGGCGUUGAUAGAGUGGACGGGGUUCAACAACGGAAGAAACCGCGCAUUGAUCGUGACGGAGAGGAACGUGUCUCACGGGCGCGGAGCCCGCUAGACAGAGCGGGCUCACCCCCGUCGGUUGUGAAAGUCGAGAAGGUGGAUGACGUAUCAUCAGUUUCGCGGGAUGUAAUGGAUGAGAGCGGUAGUAUCAAUGAUGGCCCCGAGAGACCGCGCGUCUAUCGGAAGCGCAGUUUCAGUGAUAGUGUGGAUGAAAAGAGGGACCGACGCCGCGAUUCGACUUCGCAUGCUGCUCGCGAUCUCAAGCAUCUCAACCAUGUUCGCCUUUCCCGCCCGUCCGCGAGUGCCCGUUCGGUGUCGCCUGGUCGAUCUUCCCACCAACGGUCUUCGUCCGGCUCCCACCUGCCAUCCAAGAAGAGAGCUCCAGCCCCUCUUCUGACUGGGUUUCAACGCCAACCCUCCGAGGACCGCCAAUCGACCUCUUCCUCCGCUAGUGGCUCUCCGCUUCCCAGUGCUCAUCUUCGGAAGUUGGGCUCUGGCGUGGGGGCGUCGGCAUCCCCCGCUGCGAAGCAUAUGGGUCCGAAGAAACUGCGCGACAAGAGCGGUCGCACUCCUCUCGCACGCGCAUGCGCAGACAGGAAAUACGACCAGGUGGUUUUGCGCUAUGGUGAGCGUCCGGAGGAUUUGAAUGUCCCGGACAACGCCGGUAAUACCCCUCUACAGGUCGCGUCACUCAACGGCGAGGAACAGAUUGUGAAGUUCCUGCUGGAUGCGGGCUGUGAGAUCAACACAAAGAACAUUGAUAAGGACACCCCUUUGAUUGAUGCAGUGGAGAAUGGGAAUGUAGACGUCGUGAAACUGCUGCUCGAUGCAGGUGCCAACCCUCGAACCGUGAAUGCCUUGGGAGACGAACCGUAUGAGUUAGUACCGACGGAUCUCACCGAUGAUGAAUAUAAUGAGAUCCGGAAGCUGCUCGCGGACGCCAAGGCAAAUUCGCGCCCUGGACGACGAUCUGAAGAGCAGGUUGGACCUGACAAGCCCCCGCGGUCCCGACGGGCAUCCGUAGCCAGUCCUUCUCGAAGUCCACCACCGAUGGCGAGCACAACUGGUCGUCGCAAGACUGGUCGAAGCGAAGCAACCCGCAAUGACCUGUUGUGGACUCAGCCGACCUCCGAGAACUUGCGCGAGUUUGCCGCCAAGGGUGACGAGCAGGGCGUUGUGAGCAUCUUGAAUAUUCUGCAAAAGGCCGACAAUGCGUCCUUGAUCGCUGCUGCCAAGGGUGGCCACUUUGACGUGCUGUCUCUCAUGUACGCCAUUGGCGAUGCAGAUGCGGAUCCCAAUCCACUGCGCGGAUCUGGCCAUAAACCGGGCUACAACACUCCCAUGCUCGCUGCCAUAGGUCGAGGUAAUAUGGAUAACAUCCAGCUCAUUCUGGGUCAGCCUGGUUUCGAUCCGACUCGUCGACUUUUCGAAGACAAAACUUACUAUGAACUUUCGCGAUCCCGUCAAGGUGAGAAUUGGGAGGAAGAAUAUGAUAUCUUGAAGAAGGCGUACGAGAAAUACUCGGGCUCUGGAAAGGGACGGAAGGAUUUGUCGUCCCCGCGCCGUGCCCGUGGCAAGGACAAGGAAGAGAAACGAAGCGCCCGCAGGGAGUCUUCUUCACCCGUGGCUCGCACGAAAAAGCUCAACGACAGCAGUCCCAACACCAACCGCCAACGGUUCCCCAAGGAACAUGACGCCCUGAAGGAGAAGCGCCGCGAAGAGAAGAAGGCUGCAGCCGCGGCAGCCAGCGGUCGCACAAAGACCACUUCGAGGGACGCACGGGACAGCAGAGAUGCGCAUGACAAUGCGCUUGCCAGCUCUGAUCAUGAUUCAGGUCGACCAGAGUCCAAGAAGCCCAAGGCUCCGCUCUCGACACGAAGAGGCAGUGAGUCCAGCGGGGUCGCUCGAACUGAUGAAGUUCGGAAGAGACGCCUGAUUGCUGGGCGUCGCCCGCAAGACGGUGAUCGACGACCCAGCCUCAUUUCCUCUGAUUCUCUCUCUGGCCGAGAAGAAGCUCCCAGGUCACGCGAUAACCCUCCCGACUCCAUAUCUCUCAAACGUAUUCGAACCGAUACUUCUCCUGAAAGAUCUCGCUCGCGUGAUGGGGAUAGCGAUCGCCUGUCACCGGACGCGCGGAAGAAGAAGCGCCGUGUGCUGUUGGAAGAGAAGGUACCAAACCUGCCGAAUGGGUCUUCCCGAAAAGCAGAAGAUACGAACGGAGACAAACCUCAACAUCGUCGUCCGAAAGAGGAAACCUUACAAGGCACCGAUCCUGCGCCACGCAAGUCAACUGAGACCUCAAAGAAACCCGACCCCUCAUCUCACCAAAGCGGACCAUCUUCUCAUUCACAACACACAUCUUCUCAGAAGUCAAAUGACUCCGAUUCGAUCAAGAAGAAUGGAGACGUGAAGACCGAGCCUUCCGAACCUACUCCCAACUCUAUUCCCGAAGUCUCGAUAGACGAUAAGCGAGCUGAGCUUGAAGCUGAGAAGCGUCGGCAAGCUGAAGUGAAGAAGGCAGAAGAAGAGCUUGUUACUGAGAAGCGUCGGCAAGCUGAAGCGAAGAAGGCGGAAGAAGAACGUGUUGCUGAGGAGAAGCGCCGUGAGGAAGAGGCUGAGCGUGCUCGUCUGGUCAAGGAAGAAGCGGAAAGAGCUGCCGAACGUGCUCGUCUGGCCAAGGAAGAAACGGAAAGGGCUGCCCAAGCUGCACGUGAGAAGGCCGAAGAGGACGAACGCAAGCGCAAAGAAAUGGAGCAGCGCCGGGCCAAGCAAGCCGAAGAUGAGCGCCAGAAGCGACUGGAACAGGAGCGAGCUCGUGUGAUCAAGAUGCGCCGUGACCAGGAAGCUCAAGAGCAACGCCGUCGUGAUGCUCUCCCUGGCCGCUUACGCGCUUCUGCCAACUUUGUCGGUUCCAACGAUUCCCGCGCGCGGAGUCACUCCUGGCUCAAGAAUUUCUUGCCUCUGGUUACUGUAGUCACUCGACAGCUGGACCCUGACUGUGCUAGUGAUGUGGCGGUCGAGAGAUGGAUCCCGAACUACUUGGUCGCCCCCCUGCUGGCUACCAAUGACCUGCAACUCUCCCAAUAUGCCAGCUGGGAGAAACGCAAAGCAACCGCGACCCAACGCAUGAAUCUCUGGCGAUGCACUCGCCGAAUGUUGGUCUACACCGACGAUCCGAAAUAUCACAAUGCAUCAUUUGGAGAAGUCAUGCAGCUAGAUUGCGAGACGCGACCUAAGUAUUUCGAGAUGGAACAUGUCUUUUGGAUCAGACUCUCUGACUUUAUGGACCUCGUUCCACACAUCCCCCAUCUCAACGGCCUCGAGCUUGAGUUCGUGAGCAUGCACCUUGACCCAGAGCCCUCCGCAGGCAACCCCCACCAGACCAAUGGUUCCACAACUGGUCCUUCUACCGUAGGAACUAACGGCAUUGGGGCUCUCAACGGCCAUGGCCCUGGCUAUCCUCGACCCGGUACAUAUUUCUAGUUCCUCGCCUUCCUCCAUGUCCCUUUUUUUGCAGACUCACUCGCUAUUAGGCGCAGGUGCAAUCCACAGAUCUCCAUGUGGUGAUGUAAAGAGCGGAUUCCGAAUGUACGAUUAUGAUACCUCUUGUGUUCAUGUAACGAAUCUAUCUUAUUCGGUAGCUUAAAUCCGAUCUAGCGAUAAUCGCCUCAUUUACUGCAUUGUGUUAGAAUUAGUACAGUAGAUAGCUAGUCCCUAUUACUAAACGCCGAAGCAACAAAAUGUCCA